AUGGCGUUAGGUGUACAGUUUUUCAAUAUUCGCCUGCACAAAGAUAGUCCGAAAGCAACAAGCCCGAGUGCGAAAAAUUACUGCAAACCUUGUUUGCUGGCUCGAUCUAAAGGAAACAGAAAUUAUGUCGCUUCUAGCAGCGUAACUCUAAUCGAUGAGCCCGCGGCCAGCGAUUUGGCCUCAUCGAGAGACGUUGUCGCUCCAUCAUCAGAGUCAUUUGAAUGCUUAAAACAAGAAGUAUUAUCCCUACGCACCAUUAUUAUCAACUUUAAAUCUGCAAUAUCGUCUCAACUUACCAGCGCAAUUGCUUCAUUCACUAGUAGAAGGGAAGUCUAG